CAGGUGACAGCCAUGUCUGUGAGGUUGCGUUUCCUGUCUCCCGGGGAUGCCGGGGCUGUGGGGACCGUGGGCCGUAGUGCCUCCUUCGCUGGCUUCAGCAGCACACAAAGCCGAAGGGUCUCGAAGUCCAUCAACAGGAACUCCGUGCGGUCCCGGCUGCCGGCCAAGUCCUCCAAAGCUUACGGAACACUGCGCAAGGGCUCGCUCUGCCUGGACCCGCGGCCACAGCAGGUGAAGAAAAUCUUUGACGCUUUGAAGAGAGGCCUCAGGGAGCACCUGUGUGAACAGCAGGCCGAAUUAGACUACCUAUGCGGACGCCACAGGGACACCCAGAGGAGCUCCAGGCUGGCCUUCUACUAUGAUCUGGACAAGCAAAUGCGCCUGGUGGAGAGACACAUCCGGAAGGUGGAGUUCCACAUCAGUAAGGUUGAUGAGCUCUAUGAAGGCUACUGUAUCCAGUGGCGUCUGCGAGACGGAGCCUCCAACAUGCAGCGCGCCUUCAGCACCGGCACCCAGAGCCGUGCCUCCCGUGAGAGCCUGCAGGAGCUGGGCCGCAGCUUGCAGGAGUGCAUGGAGGACAUGUGUCUCAUAGAGGGGGCCUUGGAAGUCCACCUGGGUGAAUUCCACAUCAAGAUGAAAGGUUUGGUGGGCUAUGCACGUCUCUGUCCCGGAGACCAGUAUGAGGUGCUCAUGCGCCUGGGCCGGCAGCGGUGGCGGCUGAAGGGCCAGAUAGAGCCAGAUGACAGCCAGACCUGGGACGAGGAGGAGAGAGCCUUUGUGCCCACGGUGCACGAGAACCUGGAAAUCAAGGUGGGGGCGGGGCCCAGGGGUGGGGCCUGGAGCCUGGGUGCCAGGCUCAGACACCACCUUGCUGUCCCUCGUGCCCAGGUGACGGAGCUCCGAGGCCUGAGCUCGAUGGUGGUGGGUGCCGUGACAUGCGACAUCGCGGACUUCUUCACAGCCCGGCCCCAGCUUGUAGUGGUGGACAUCACUGAGCUGGGGACUAUCAAGCUGCAGCUGGAGCUGCUAUGGAAUCCCUUGGACUCUGAGUGCCGGCUGGUGUCACCCAGCCCCACUGGCAGGUUCUCCAUAGGCAGCAGGAAGGGCUCCCUCUAUACCUGGACACCACCCAGCACCCCCAGCUUCAGGGAAAAGUACUACCUGUCUGCCCUCCAGCAGCCAGCACAGCAGGCCUUGCUGCUAGGUGGGCCAAGGGCCACCUCCAUCCACGGCUACCUGGCCGACAGUGAACUCCAGGGGCCCCCCCACCUGCGGAGCCGGAGCCAGGAGCUACUUGAGAUGGACUCCUUCAGCUCUGAGGACCCCAGAGACACUGAGACCAGCACUUCAGCAUCCACCUCAGAUGUGGGGUUCCUACCUAUGCCUGCAGGCCCCACAGCCUGCAUAGAAGAGGAGAUCAGAGAGGAGCCCCCGCCUCUGGGCCUGCUGCCGGGCCUGGCUCACCCAGCUGGAAGUGUGCUUCUAGAACAGCCUGGCUGGAGGAACUUGGGAAGAGAGAGGCUGGCCCUGCUGCAAGAUGCCCCCAUCCACAGCCCCACAGUACCACGGAGCCAGAAGAGCCAGGAGGAUGGAGAUGUGGGGGACGGAGUGGAGGGGCCUGUGCAGGAGGUCCUGGACCUGCUGCGGUCUGCUGAUCCUGCACAGCCCCAGCUCCGGGAGCUGGAGUACCAAGUCCUCGGCCUCAGGGACCGGCUGAAGCCCCGAGGGGUACAGCCGGAACCCGUGUCAGCGCAGAGCCUGAUGGACUGUAUCCUUGAGAGCUUCGCGUUUCUGAACGCCGACCUUGCCAGUGAUGAGCUGUCCCUGUUUGGGGGCUCCCAGGCUCCUGAGAGGGACAGCCCCCCACCUCCACGGCCAUCACUGAAGGUGUCGCCCAGCGAGCUCACAGCCGGUGCCCCUGAGCUGGACACACUGCUCACCGUCCACCUUCAAGUCUGCAAGGCCUUGCUUCAGAAACUGGCCUCCCCUAAUUUGUCACGGAUGGUCCAGGACUGCCUCCUGGAAGAAGCAGCUCAGCAAAGGCAGGUCCUGGAAGUGCUUUCAGACCUUGACUCUGAGCAGAUCAGCAAGGCCAGGUCUGUUGAAGAGAUCAUCCCACAGGCUCCUCACAGGAAGGGCGGGCUGGCACUGUGGCGGGCGUGCACACAGCCUGGCGGAGUCCUGGCCUGCCCUGCCUCCACACUCCUGAGCCAGCUCAAGAAAACCUUCCUGCAUCGCGUCCGAGGGAAGUACCCAGGCCAGCUGGAAAUAGUGUGUCGUAGGCUCCUGGAGCAGGUGGUUGGCUGUGGCGGGCUAUUGGCCAUAACAGGGCUCCAGGAAGAGCAGACGGUCACCUGGUUCCAGUUCCAUAGCUACCUGCAGCGGCAGAGCAUCUCCGACCUGGAGAAACACCUCAACCAGCUCACCAAGGAAGUUACUCUCAUUGAGGAGUUGCAUUGCGCAGGCCCAGCCAAGGCCCUGAGGAAGCUGCAGGGGAAAUGUCUGGGCCAGCUGCAGCCCUUGCCCCAGACACUUCGAGCCUGGGCACUGCUGCAGCUGGACGGACCCUCAAGGCUCUGCAGGACCGCCAGAACACGCCUGGCCAGCGCGGCCAGGAACAGACGCUUCCGGGAGAAGGCUCUGCUGUACUACACCAACGCCUUAAACGACAGUGACACCAAGCUCCAGCAGGCCGCGUGCAUGGCGCUACAGCAACUUGGGGGUAUUGAAAGCAUCGAGCAGAUCGCUAGCCUGUGUCAGUCUGACCUGGAGGCCGUACGAGUUGCAGCGCGGGAAGCGACACUGUCAUUCGGUGAGAAAGGCCGCCUAGCUUUUGAGAAGAUGGACAGACUCCAUUCAGACCAAGAAGCCUUCUGCCAGGAAGCGGAUGUUGAAAUCACAAUUUUUUAAGAAGCUGUGACCAACAGGCUCAAACCUGGCAUCUUUCUUCCUUGAUGUUGCCUAGCCUCCAGAGUGCCCCAGUUUUGGAUGGAGCACCAUAGGCACUUCACAAGUGUGAGCUGGUCCGGAUGCCUACCUGAGGGUUGGGUUAGUAC